ACGACGCAACGGCAGAACUCCCUCACGCCGGAAGUUUACAGCCUGAUCUUGACAAAUGAAAGUCACCGGUAAAAUAAUAGCAGUGACACCCGCCAUAGGACGUAUUCCUAUUCUGUGGAACAUAAACACGAGUCAAAGAUGGUUAAGUCACUUUUAUUUUAAAACAGACCAGUGUUUACUGCAGCGACCGUAGUGUGUUUGGGCGCUAACUGACGAAAGCAUUUGCCAGCUAACUCUCAACGACCAGUUACAGGAUCAUUUAUCUACCUCAGAAUAUAGAAGAUAUCACCGCGGGGACAGUUUACAGAUGGCAAGGAGACUGGGUCGAAUACUCAGGGGCUUUCAGAGCCUCGGUUCACUCGCAUUCAUGAAGUCUGAACUCAGCAACCUCCCUGCCAGCGUUUCAUUGAAGAGUAUGGUGCGAGCGCUUCCAUCACUCUUUUCAUCCAACCCCCGGGACUUCAGUCUUCCUAACUCCUCAUGGGGCACAGAAAUGAGGCAGCUGUAUGAACAUUAUAACAGCCAAUGUGAGGCAGUGACAGAUGGAGGAGAGGAACAGGGUGGACUAUGGAACAGACUGCCAAGCUACAAUCGUUCUCUGAAGUAUGCUGCAGGUGGAGUAUACCUUAGCAAAAUAAUCCAGGCAAAAGCUCGUCUUUUCACCCGCAACAUCAGAGACCCGGGGGCAGCAUUUGAGUACGUUAUCUUUGCUAACAAAAAGGAGCAAAGGUGUGUGUGCAUUUUCCAGGCUGGACACCUUCUGGAGGGACCACCAGGAAAUGUCCACGGGGGGGCGAUAGCCACUAUGAUUGAUACCGUGACAGGAACUCAUGCUUGUGUGCAUUCUGGACCUGUUAUGACUGCCAACCUCAACAUCAACUACCGCAGUCCCAUCCCGCUGGGAAGUACAGUGUUGAUCGAAUCCUCUCUGGAUAAGAAGGAAGGCAGGAAAACGUUAGUUUCGUGUAAAGUGACCAGUGCUGACGGCGCCAGAUUGCACACAGAAGCAACAGCACUGUUUGUGUCAAUCGGCGUCAGCCAACUAAUGAAAGGGUGACACGAACACGCCAGCCAGCCAUCUAUGAAGAAGGAGACUUCAGAAACAGUGUGCAUUUUUUUUGUUUUGUCUAAGUGGGCCAUUAGUUUUUUUUUUUAAUUAAAAGGAUGUACAUAUUUUAUAGGUGAUAGAAGGAAACUCUUAUAUUAAAUAAAAAAGUUAACCUUCUAUUUAUACUACUAAUAUGUUGCAUUUGAUCUGAUACUUAGCUCUACUUGACUGCUGCUCCUUCAUGUUACUAACUCAUGAACAAAUUUACUGAACUAAUUCAGAAGUAUUGAUGGUAUUGAUGCAGUAUUGAUGGUUUUAAUUAAGACUGCUGUAUUUGAGAACAAUGUUAUUGAUUUAAAUGUACUGUUCAUUUAUUUAUCAUUUUAUUUUCUCCAAAAAAGCCUUUUCUAUUGGUAUUGCGUUGCUCAUGCAGGUGGUGUGUUUGUCAGAGUUAAAUAAUCUGCAUUGAGAAAUAAAACGUUCUUUGGGGAUACUUUGAAA